GGAGGAGGAGAAGAAGAAGAAGAAGAAGAAGAAGAAGAAGAAGAAGAAGAAGAAGAAGAAGAGCGGAGUUCGAAAACCAGCGACCAGCAACCCCACGUGUUCAGUUCCAGAUGAAUUGUUUGUGAAAUAGGGGACCUAUGAGAACUUCCCAGAAAGAGCAACUGGUGAAACUGCAAGGAUGUGAAGUUUUCUUCACUUAAUGUUAAACUCUAGCACCGAGCUGGAAAGUGAACAAGCUCGCUUUGAACCUCCAUGACAUCCAUCUCUUCAGUCUGGGCUCCACUUGCACCCUCCUCGAGGUCCUCAGACUCACCAUCUUCCACAGCCCCUGAUCAACUGAGAUGCUGGCCUCUGUGUCUGGCUCACCUCCCAUAGUAGCCUCCUGCUGGGGUCCCAUGGGAAAAAACAUGCACUGGGCAGCGACACCGUUCCGAUGCCAGCAUAUGGCUCAUUCAGCGGUUCAGCUUGGCACGAUGGCGGUGUUUGAGGACAGUCUGCCUGUACUCCUGCCGGAUUUCCCUCUGCUGCAUCUGAACUUGCCGAUGUCCUCUUGCUGUUCCUGGUUUUCGCUCGCUGGGAGCAUGUCUGCAGGGCCUGGGUGACAUCCUGACUGGACAUCCUGGAAAGUGCGUCUGCGUUGGUGUGGCAUUUUCCUUGACGGUACUGGAUAUCGAAGUCGAACAUGGACAGUUGCGACAUCCAGCACUAGCCAGUCGCAUCCAGUUUAGUAGUGGUCAUCACAUAUUUAAGCGGAUUGUUAUCUGUAAUGACAGAGUAUUUGUGCCCACACAGGUGAUCAUAAAACUUCUCUGUUGCUGCCCAUUUGAGAGCUAAAAACUCUAAUUUGUGUGUAGGGUAACGGGUUUCAGCUGGACUCAGGCCCCUACUGGCAUAAGCAAUAAACUGCUCCUUGCCGUCCUGAAUUUGAGCAAGAACUGCACCAAGUCCUUCUCCUGAUGCAUCGGUCUGCAGCAAGAAGGGCAGAUUGUAGUCCGGGUAGCCCAGAACUGGAGCUGUGGAGCUGCACUUCUGCACACCUUUGAGCAGCAGUAUGAUGUAGGCAGGAGUCUGUCUGAGACAGGACACUGAGACAACACUACCAGAGCUCACUGAGCAGCACAGGAUCAGACAGAAAGAAGAGGAACUCAGUGGACUGGAGUCUGUCCACAUGGCAGGACUCAGCACACUGGAGCCGGAGUGUGUUACAGCACACAGCGGGGUCAGUGAUGUACACCAUACACACACACCACUGAUUAAAACAGAAACUGAUUUGGGUUUGACUCAAAUUGGGGAUCUUUUUAAGACCGAGAACCUAGACAGUACAGAUCUGGGGUAUAUAACCAAUCUGCACCCUGACCAAAUCAAAACAGAGACUGAUGAUGGAGGAUACCUUAAGGCCGAACACAUCAGUAACUUACAGGAUAUUGAUUGUAUUAAUAUUAAAUCUGAUCCAUUGAAGUGUGAAUCCAGUGAAAGUUUAGUGAGUGAUCUCAUGAAUACUGUGAAGACUGGAGCUGGUGUUGGUCACAAAGAGCAGACUGAACCAUGGCACUGUGCAGGAGAGCCAAACCCAAACUGUAAAACAGAAGAAAUUCAUGAUCUGCUGACUUCUGCUGACUUAAAUAAUCACUGUGACACAAACAAUGAAAAUAAUCUAACCAGAAUUGGCCAGAAAAGUACAGUUGAAAUGGAAAUUCAUACAGGUGAAAAGCCAAACAAGUGUCCACAGUGUCAGAAGGGGUUUAGCAGAAAAUCUGAUUUGAAUUUACACCUGAGAAUUCAUACAGGUGAAAAGCCAUACAAAUGUACUGAAUGUGGGAAGUGCUUUUCCCAAAUGCGUCGUUUAAAUAGCCACUGGAGAAUUCAUACGGGUGAAAAGCCUUACAAAUGUAAUCAGUGUGGGAUGUGUUUUUCCCAAACAAGUGCUUUAAAUUGCCAUAGGAUGAUUCAUACUGGUGAAAAUGCCAACAAAUGUCCCCAGUGUGGGAAAUGCUUUUCCACAAUAUCUAAUUUAAGUAGCCACUUGAGAAUUCAUACAGGUGAAAAGCCCCACAAGUGUACACAAUGUGGGAAAUGCUUUUCCCAAAGGUGUAAUUUAAUUAGCCACCAGAGAAUUCAUACGGGUGAAAAGCCCUACAAAUGUACUGUUUGUGGGAAGUGUUUUUCCCAAACAAGUGCUUUAAAUUGCCACAGGAUGAUUCAUACAGAUGAAAAUCCCAACAAAUGUCCUCACUGUGGGAAGUGCUUUUCCACAAUAUCAAAUUUAAAUAUCCACCAGAGAAUUCAUACUGGUGAAAAACCCUGCAAAUGCAUUCAGUGUGGGAAGUGUUUUAGGUCAAAUUCUUCUUUAAAUGUACAUCUGAGAAUUCAUACAGGCGAAAUGCCGUACAAGUGUACGGAUUGUGACAAGUGUUUUAAUACGAAAUCUUCCUUGAAUACACACCUGAGAAUUCAUACCGGUGAAAAGCCAUACAAGUGUACACAGUGUGAGAAAUGCUUUAUUUCAAGUUCUGAAUUAAGUAUACACCUGAGAAUUCAUACAGGUGAAAAGCCCUACAAAUGUAAUCAGUGUGGGAAGUAUUUUUCCCAAUCAAGUGCUUUAAAUUGCCACAAGAUUAUUCAUACAGAUGAAAAAUCCUAUACGUGCCCUCAGUGCGGGAAGUGCUUUUCCACGAUAUACAAGUUAAAUAUCCACCAGAGAAGUCACACAGGUGAAAAGCCGCACAAAUGCAUUCAGUGUGACAAGUGUUACAGCACAAGUUCUGGUUUAAAUAAACACUUUUUGACCGCAAGUCAUUUAAAUGCCCCCCGUAGAAUUAAUUCAGGUGAAAAGUCCUAGAAGCCCACCCAAUGUCUACUUUAAAUUUACACCUUGUAAUUGCGUGCAACAUGUCUAUAAUUUUAAGCUAAUCAAACAAUUUUAUUUUUGGACAAUUAAUUAAAAAAAUAAACAUUGCGUACAACCGUAAGCCGACGGUUUUUUUGUUUGUUUGUUUGUUUUUGAUGUGUGUGUAGUAGAGCGAUAGUGUUGGUCAGAGCUCCCAGCUGAACUAGCCUAAGUUUUCCAGGACCAUGUGUGUAGUUUCUAUUUCUAAAAUCAAGUGGAAUUGUAGGCUAGCUGUAUUGGCAUAAAAGUAAAAUUGUUAGACCAGCGUCACAUCUGGACAAACUAAAAUGCCAGUUUAGAUUUAAAACACCAUUACCCAUCGGAUAUUGAAAGCGAAACCUAAAAUGGAGCUGAUCGUGUCACCACCACGAUUGCCCUGCGCCAAUUGCAAGUUUGUUACUAUCAUGGAAAACUAUACACCACAUUUUAUUGAAAAUCAUUAGACCAGAAUCAUAUCUGGACAAAUUCACAGAUUCACACCAUCAUCUGUCGGAUAUUGAAAGCAAAUGCAUGUUAUCGUGUUGCUAUAUUGCUGCUAUACUGGACCUUUACGUGACCAUACCAUGAAAUUGAGUGCACAAUUGUGUCUAUAUCAUGAAUGGACACACUUAAUGUAACAGUUCUAAACAGCAGCAGGUUGGCUACAUUUAAAGUCAAUCAAGUGUACUUGUCAGGCAGAAGAUGUAGGGAAGGGGGAUGAAAACAGGAAGAAUUUGAAUUUUAACUGAUGCAUUUUUUUAAUGAAAUGGCGAUCUACCUGCUGGGCCCUGCGAUCGACUGGUCGGUUGCAAUCAGCAUAAUGGGAACCCCUGCCUGAGCUUUUUCACUUAAUUACAUUUUCAAGGUAAAAAUCCUGCAUAGUAUGCCUGACAAAUGUACUCAUAAUGUUUCAUGAAAACAUAAUUUACUUUAUACACUGAGUGUGAGAAUGUCCAUUUAAUUUCAGGGAAUAACCUGAUAAUUCCUCAUUAAAAAACAUCUUCAUAAUUUUGGAGACAGACCAUCCUGUUUCCGUUUUCCACAUACUUUUUUAUUUUGAGUUUAAGGAGUGAAUAGAAGGCGGUUGGCCGACAUUUUUUCAGUGCUCGUAUUGGCGCAGUUUAUAGUUCUCCAGGCAUUCCUUAUUGUAUUUUGAACAGACAUGUAAAAAUACAGCACAGUGACUGAGGCUACCUGGAACUGCUUCUUUUUUUUUUUUAUAACCUCUAACUAUUUUGUACGUGUAAAAAAUUCCUUUUCAAUGUACAGUGUAAUUCCUUGUUGAUUGCUGGGUGAUACUUCUGGUGAUGGAAUUGACACCUGUAUAAUUUGUUUGAAAGAAACAGUGUGAAAACUGUUUGGAAGAACCAUUCUAAUGUCUUUACGUCCUAAUGUCCAAACUAUGCUGAAAAUGAACGAGACAUGGCUGGCCUUGACGGGUUCUGCUACUGCCAAUGUAGAGGUUUAAAUGUGUAUGUCAGCUAAAGCUGAUCAUUGGGUUUAAGACUGUUUUAUCAGUUGAGGAUCUUUGUUAUUUUUCUAAAUUGUAUAUGAAUUGUUUAUGAAAUAAUUUUAUACAAUGAAUAUGCACAUAACUAGGCCUUUAUGCCUCUCAGCCCUUCAAUAUGUAAAAUUCAUAUUUAGCAUCGUAAUCAUUAUCAUCAGCAAGAUCCUCAAUAAUAUUGUCUUAAAAUAUAAAAUAUUUAACAUUAUUGGGUGGCAUGUAAAUUGUGUGCAUUGAAAUACCAAUCAUAAAAUAUUAGUCAAGCCUUUCCAGCUGUUGGAUGAUUUCAGAUUUCCUUAUACCACCAUUAUGUUGAUCAUGAUUGCCUCAGACUUCUCUGUGCAUUCACACCCACAGCCCCAUGGGGAGGGGAGUGCUUUGAAGGAUGAGAGAGAUGACGUCAGGUCAGUAGGCAGUGGGUUAUAUCAGCAUUUCUCAACCCUGGUCCUGGCAACCCACUGUGUAUGCAGGUUUUUUUUUGUUAAAGCCUGAUCAAUCGAGGUUAAAAUGUGUUUAUGUUCUACAUCAUUGUGUGGCCCAACUGAUUGUGGCUUUAAGAGGGUAAAUCAGCUUUCAAUAGAUGAAAAAUUGUUCUAAUUAAGAACAAUUAGCAGCUCAUUAGAAAACUGAGCUUGUUGUGAUAAUUGGAAGAAGAACCAGCAUGUACAGUGCAUUCCCAUGACCCAGGCUGAGAACAUUGGUUUAUGUGACAUAAUGGAUUUUUUUUUUUUAUUCGUGGAUUUUAAAAAACAAUUUAUUCAUGAAAAUAAUUCCAAAAACGUAAAAUGCAGUACUACAGUACUACUAUCCAAAGAACAUUUUGAUUUCAGAUUGCAUAUGAGCAGAAAUAUAUGAAGUUUUUGCCAUCAAAUUCGGCCAUGCUAGGCAUUCCCAAGUAGCGACAUGCUCAGAAAUCAUACUGUGUCCAGCCUUUAUGGGCUGAAAUCUUCUGGUUACCACAGAAUGAAUUGAACUUUCGAGUUUUUGAGUCGUUUGAGUUAUUUUCUCAUACUUGACCAAUAAAAGACGCCAAUUACCGAAUAUAGUAUUUAGGUUUUAUUCCUGCCUCUGACUCUAGCUGGAGUUACUCAUUUGCAGCUCUUAGUAAAAAGUAGGUGCUGGCAACAACGUAUCAGCAGUUCAGAGAGCCAGCAUUUUCUUCCUCACAUUUAGAUACUGCUAGGCUAAGCUCUAUCUUCAGAGAGACAUGUGAUCUUUAACCAGUGAUGUGAGUAGCUCCAGUCACCACAAUGUCCUUCCCACACACAGCCAACUGUCACAUGGUGUGAAUUCACCUUUUGUUCAAUAACCAUCUAAACAGAAGCUACUGCUAAGCACACUUUUUUUUUUCAAUUUGAAUUUUUUAUUAUUUUCAAAGAGUAAACAUACACACAGACAUACAUACACAGAAAUCAAUUAAAGGAAAAUUAAAAUAAAAUAAAAAUAGUAAAUAAUAUAUCAAUAUAUGAAUGACAGAGGUGUUACAAGGGUGAAAUCUGGGAUCACAAUUUCAUAGGUCAAAUUAUGUUGGGUGUUCCGGAGUCAAAUCUAGGGAACAUUGGCAUUUUCAUGGUCAGUUCGGCCACCUUUCGGAAUGUUCCUCCUCAUACAAGGUUUGAGGCGCACCUUUCCAUUACCAACCGGUCCAAAAGGGGCCGCAACCACAGAUCAGCAUUUUUCAAUGCUGUGCAAUAAUUCUUUUGGCUGUCAUACAACCAGUGGUUAACAGUCAUUUGUGUCGUUUAGGCCAUGGACCUUGAGGAAUAAUGUUAAAGUCAAUCAAUCAAUCAAUCAAAUUUUAUUUAUAGAGCACAUUUCAUACAAGUGAUGCAGCUCAAUGUGCUGUACAUAAAAAUAAGAAGAGAAGUAGAUAAGUCGGACUGAAAUUUGAAAUACUGCAUCAUUAUAUUCUAUACCAUUGCAAAAUUGUUUUUAAAUGGUUUUAAAAUGUUUUUUUUUUUUUUUAAAGAUAAAAAUGUAUACUUUUGGACAUAUCACAAUUUGAUAAAGUUACUAUGGUGCUAGUCAACUACAGCCUUGGCCUAAGUGAUAAUACCAUGCCAUUCUCAGAAUAAUAUAUAUUUUCUUUUAUUUUGUACCGCAUAGGAAAAGUACAUUGUACCUCCGAGAAUUUAAAUAAAGGUUCUGACUGACUGACUGACAUGUGCUUUACAUACCUACAUUAAAAGACGGUUUGGAUAUUUUAACGGGCACAGGUGCGAGCGAGCCUGUUGCCAACAAUAUCCGUUUAUCAUGCCAUUGCAAGCAAACCUGUUUCCUGUUUCCAACAAUCUUUGUAUCGCUCUGUACUGCAAUAAAUGCAGAUCCCGUGCA